GGCAAGGUUUCCCUCCCUAGCGCGAAGGGCGGCGACGCGGCGCGGCCGGGGCACAGCGGGCCGGCCGCCAGGGUCAGGGGUCAGCGCCGUCCCGGCCUCCGGGGCCCGGGAGCCCCGCCUGGCGCAGCCGCCCGCCCCCUCCGUUAACCGCGAGCGAGUCGCGGAACGCCCUCGCGGGCGUAGGGAGGGAGCCCGUCCGCCCGAGCCGGGCCUGCUCCGCCUCGGGCCCGCCAUGCAGGGCUCGCUGCGUCAGUGGCGCCGGGCCGCCACCCUGCUCCUGGCCGUGGGCCGUGCGCACCCGGGGCCGAGCCCGGCCGCCGCGGCCGAGGACUACGAACUGCUGCUGCUGCAGCGCACCCAGAGUAGCGGCUUCCUGCCCGGGGCCCACGUCUUCCCGGGGGGCGUCCUGGAGGCCGCGGACUGUUCGACCGACUGGCUCCCAGUCUUGCAGCCCCACCACGGACCGCCGACCUUCGGCCUGCACCUGACCGGGCACCCGAGGGAAACCUACCCCGAGGUGGCCUUAGGACCCCGGCCUUAUCCCCUGUCGCCCAUCCCUGACGAAGUGGCCUUCCGCAUCUGCGCCAUCCGGGAAACCUUCGAGGAAUCGGGCAUCCUCCUGCUGCUCCCCGCGGGCGUGCAGGCCCCGCGCCUGGCUCGGGCGCACGCGCCCCCUGCCGACCUGGACGCCUGGAGGGCCAGGGUGCAGGAAGACCCCACCCAGUUCGUCCAGCUGUGCCAGCGCCUCGGGUGCGCGCCCAACAUCUGGGCCCUCAAAGAGUGGAGUAACUGGCUCACGCCGUUUGUCAGGAAAGGAGGGAGGCGCUUUGACACGAGGUUCUACGUCUGCUGCCUGCAGAGCAAGCCCCACACCUUCCUGGACAUGCAAGAAGCGAUUAACUACGAGUGGAUUACUCCAACAGAAGCAACAAAAAAGUUUGCAUUUGAAGAAAUAUGGUUGGCACCUCCUCAGUUCUAUGAGAUGAGAAGACUUGUAAACUUUGCUUCUUUAUCAGAUCUGCAUGGAUUUUGUUUAGACCGGAUUUCAGAAGGAUGUGAAAGAUGGCUGCCAAUUACAUUGCUAACUCUAGAUGGAGCAAUGCAGCUUUUACCAGGAGAUGAACUAUACCAUGAAGACAAAGAAUUUUUAGAAAAGAAUUUAUCAAUCAGCAAAAAGACUGAAGAAAUUAUGGGAAAAGGAAGAAACUUUCACAGAAUAGUAUUACACAGCCGUUAUCUUUAUAGUAUCCAUGUGAAUAUUCAGCCAAAAUAUAAACAUAUAUAUCCAGAGAACUUCUUAGGAUUUAAGAGCCAUUUAUAGUUUGCUGCUUGUUUAAAAUUAUAUUUUCAGAAAUAGAAAGUUUAUACUGAUGAAAAAAUGGGCAUUAGCAGUCUCAUAAAUUUAAGAAAUUAGAAUCCAGUAAUGGUAAAUUGCCAUCUUUCUGCAAGUUUACCUUUUAGGUACUUUUGUCUAUUUCCUUCUGAAAACUCUAUAGUGUACCAUAACUUUGAUUAAAAUUAGCUAUGUGACAAAUUUCUUCUGUCAGUAUAUUAAGGAUGAUUCCCCCCUUGAGAUCCAUCUGUUACUUAAGAGAUAAAGUUUUCGUCUGAGGAUGAAAUUCAGAUAAGCCUAGUCUAUUGUUACACAGCUAGGAAAUACAAGAGGCAAAAUUUGAACCCAGAACUUCCUGACUUCCAAGACAACCAAAUAAUUGAAAAGGAAAAAAAAAAGCUUUGUCAUUUCUUUAUUCCUAAAAAAGUUUAAAUCAAAACAAGCACAGAUCAUCCUUGUUUUUUGAAUGACCAUUGUGCUACUAUUAACAUUUUAAGAGUGUUAGGUAAGAAUGAACUCAUUUCAGGAACACUAAAGUAUCUUACCAUGGUCACAGGCCACCUUAAUCUAAUUUAUCUUUUGGCUGGAACCACUGUAAAGUUAUCAAAUAGAUACAAAGGCCCUCACAAAAAUGGGAAAAGAGUGCUAGUUAUUGCUUCAUGUAUUGUUGUUCUUUGUAUUAAGCAUGUCCUCAGCCUGGAUGGACAGUAAAGCUGUUUAAAACCAAAUGUGGUUUAUUUUUUUUCCCUAGUAAUCCUCAAAUUGUGAAAUGCAUUGUAGUCAACAUUAAGGUAUUUUAAAACACAAUAUACCAGUACUUAUAAAUUUUUGUUUUUUAAAUGUUAUUUUAUUUCAAAAUAAUGAGGUAUACUAAGGCACAUGAGUUCUAGAAUGUUUUCCUUUGUAAUGAUAACUAUUAAUUUUACCUUUGCAUACAUUUUCCUUUAUAAUUCAUUAAAUUUGUCUGCAUUAUCUGACUUAAUUAUAUGUUUAUGUAGAAUGAUGUUCUUUGAUAAAAGUUUGGAACCUGUGGUUAGAACACUGGCUCAACACUUUAGUUUCAAAACUGUCUUGCUUGUCUGAGUCUCCUGAUUUUUUUUCUGUACAGUAAAAAAAAAAAUGGC